UGUCUGUCUUUUUCAAUACACUGUGUGUUAUCCACGAGCGCGUGUUCAGCUCAUAGCAACACGAAUUUCGAAAAAACACAAAUUUUACGGAAUUUUUUAAUGUAAAAGUGCAUUUUUCAUCAUGGGGAAAUUGAAUGUCACCAUUUUACGUUAUUUAACGAAGGAAGACUUUCGUGUCUUGACUGCCAUCGAAAUGGGCAUGAAAAAUCACGAGCUGGUGCCAGCAAGUUUGGCUGCAUCCAUUGCCAAUCUCAAAGCGGGCGGAGUCCAUAAAUUGCUACGGGAAUUAUGCAAACACAAAUUGUUGUCGUACGAACGUGGUCGUAAAUACGAUGGCUACCGCUUGACCAACACAGGCUACGACUACUUAGCAUUGAAGUCACUCACUUUGCGUGAUUCAGUUGCUUCAUUCGGCAACCAAAUUGGUGUUGGAAAAGAAUCAAACAUCUACAUAGUUUCCGAUGAAGAAGGCAAUCCAUUAUGUUUGAAAUUGCAUCGAUUGGGUCGAACGUGCUUCCGAAACAUCAAAGAAAAACGAGACUACCAUGGUCGACGACACAAGGCAUCUUGGUUAUAUCUGUCGAGAAUCUCUGCUACACGUGAAUUUGCCUACAUGAAAGCAUUAUACGAUCGAGGCUUUCCAAUACCAAAACCGAUUGAUUUCAAUCGACACUGUGUCAUCAUGGAACUGGUCAACGGAUACACAUUAACACAAAUCAACGAAGUGGAAGACGUUGAAGCACUCUACAACGAUUUGAUGAACUUAAUCGUGAGCCUCGGAAAUGCCGGCGUCAUUCACGGUGAUUUCAAUGAGUUCAACAUUAUGGUUACACAAGAUGCGAAACCAAUUUUGAUUGAUUUCCCACAAAUGGUAUCGACAUCACAUCAAAACGCUAGAAUGUUCUUCGAACGUGAUGUAAACGGUGUUCGUGAAUAUUUCCGCAGGCGAUUCGGCUACGAGUGUGCCGGUUAUCCAACAUUCGAUGAGCUAGAACGUGAUGAUAAUUUGGAUAUUGAAGUUGCUUGCAGCGGUUUUACGAAGCAAAUGGAAAAAGAUUUGCUACAAGAAUAUGGUAUGGAAUCAGUCAGCGAUGAUGAUGACGGUUCGAGCGAUGAUGAGGAUCAUUCAGAUGCAGAAACAGAGAAUAAUGAGGAAGAGUUAGAUCGAUUGCGGCAACAGGUCGAUGCCGAAGUAAAAUUUUCUGAAGAGCGAGCUGGCGAACGGGAUACAUCAAAAGCGUUAAAUUUCAAUAUUCAAAAUUAUAUAUCGUCGCUUGUACAGGCAGACAAUGCCGAAGAAGAAUUCGAAGAUGCCCUCGAAGACAUUCACUCAGAAAUUCCAUUGCCAAAACCAAUCAUUAAAACACAACCAACUGAACUUGAAUCAGUUAAAAUCAGUUCAAAUGAUGUUGAAAAAGCCAUAGAUUUAGUGUCCAAUGUCCAUAUUAGCGAUAGCAACAGUGUCGAUGGCAACGUCUCAUCGGGUGGUGAAGAUGACGACGAAUUAGCCGAUUUAGAUCCAAAAUCUCGGGAAUAUCGCUUCAAAAUGGUCGAAAAACUUCUGUCAGACGCUCGUAGUCAUCGAUCGUAUUCAACAUCGGCCAGCACAAUCGCGCCCAGCGUUGUUUCCGAUCGCAUCAAGAAAACAUUGCAUGUCAAAGAGAAACGAGACGAACGCAAACGUUGCGUUGCAAAGGGUGAAGCCAGCGCAGUCACACGAAUUCGCAAAGAAAAUCGCGACACAUGCAAACAGUACGCUGGCUGGGACUUUUAAUUUCUCUGGAGAAAUUCUGUAAAUGUUUUUAAGAAUAUGAAGAAUAAAAUUUUAUGCAAAAGUUUUUGGAUUAA